AAGGGAGGGAGCAAGGAGCGGGGGAGGAAGGGACGGGACUGAGGCGAGGGGAGGCGGCGCCUGGGCUCGUGCCGCCCCAGCCCUGGCUCCUCUCCCCGGAACAGGCCCCCAACAGCUGCUCGCGGGAGCCGCCUCCCGACACCCGAGCCCCGCCGGCGCCUCCCGCUCCCGGCUCCUGGCUCCCUCCGCUUGCCUCCUCCCCUCGCCCAGCCGCGGAGGAGGCCCCGCUCCAGGGUCGAACGCCUGGGUCUGCCGGGAAGAGCGAUGAGAGAGAUGCUGCCCCCACCCCCUUAGGACUGAGGGAUCAGGAGCUAUGGGGCUAGGGGCCCUCUCUUCUCUACUGCUGCUGCUCUUGGUGGCAACUGGAGAUGCUGACAUGAAGGGACAUUUUGACCCUGCCAAGUGCCGCUAUGCCCUGGGCAUGCAGGACCGGACCAUCCCUGACAGUGACAUCUCUGCCUCUAGCUCCUGGUCAGACUCCACUGCUGCCCGCCACAGCAGGCUGGAGAGCAGUGACGGGGAUGGGGCAUGGUGCCCUGCAGGGUCAGUGUUUCCCAAGGAGGAAGAGUACCUGCAGGUGGAUCUACAGCGGCUGCACCUGGUGGCUCUGGUGGGCACCCAGGGGCGGCAUGCUGGGGGCCUGGGCAAGGAGUUCUCCCGGAGCUACCGGCUGCGUUACUCUCGGGACGGUCACCGCUGGAUGGACUGGAGAGACCGCUGGGGUCAGGAGGUGAUCUCAGGUAAUGAAGACCCUGAGGGAGUGGUGCUCAAGGACCUGGGGCCUCCCAUGGUCGCCCGACUUGUGCGCUUCUAUCCCCGGGCUGACCGGGUCAUGAGUGUCUGUCUGCGGGUGGAACUCUACGGCUGCCUCUGGAGGGAUGGACUCCUGUCUUACACCGCCCCUGCGGGACAGACGAUGUACUUAUCAGAGGCUGUGUACCUCAACGACUCCACCUAUGAUGGACAUACUGUUGGCGGGCUGCAGUAUGGUGGUCUGGGCCAGCUGGCAGAUGGUGUGGUGGGACUGGAUGACUUUAGGGAGAGCCAGGAGCUGCGGGUCUGGCCAGGCUAUGACUAUGUGGGAUGGAGCAACCACAGCUUCCCCAGUGGCUACUUGGAGAUGGAGUUUGAAUUUGACCGGCUGAGGGCCUUCCAGGCCAUGCAGGUCCACUGUAACAACAUGCACACGCUGGGAGCUCGCCUGCCUGGUGGGGUGGAAUGUCACUUCAAGCGAGGCCCUGCCAUGGCCUGGGAGGGGGAGCCCAUGCGACACAACCUGGGUGGCAGCCUGGGGGACCCCAGAGCCCGGGUUGUUUCAGUGCUUCUGGGUGGCCGUGUGGGUCGCUUUCUGCAAUGUCGCUUCUUCUUUGCGGGGCCCUGGCUACUCUUCAGUGAGAUCUCCUUCAUCUCUGAUGUGGUGAACAACUCCUCUCCGGCUCUGGGGGGCACCUUCCCACCAGCCCCCUGGUGGCCACCUGGCCCUCCUCCCACCAAUUUCAGCAGCUUGGAGCUGGAGCCCCGGGGCCAGCAGCCUGUGGCCAAGGCCGAGGGGAGCCCGACCGCCAUCCUCAUCGGCUGCCUGGUGGCCAUCAUCCUGCUGCUGCUGCUCAUCAUUGCCCUCAUGCUCUGGCGGCUGCACUGGCGCAGGCUCCUCAGCAAGGCUGAGCGGCGGGUAUUGGAAGAGGAGCUGACAGUUCAUCUGUCUGUUCCUGGGGACACCAUACUCAUCAACAAUCGCCCAGGUCCUCGAGAGCCACCCCCUUACCAGGAGCCCCGGCCUCGUGGGAAUCCACCCCACUCUGCUCCCUGUGUUCCCAGCAGCUCUGCCUGCAGUGGGGACUAUAUGGAGCCUGAGAAGCCAGGUGCCCCGCUUCUGCCCCCGCCUCCCCAGAACAGCGUCCCCCAUUAUGCCGAGGCUGACAUUGUCACCCUGCAGGGCGUCACCGGGGGCAACACCUAUGCUGUGCCCGCACUGCCCCCAGGGGCAGUUGGGGAUGGGCCCCCCAGAGUGGAUUUCCCUCGAUCCCGGCUCCGCUUCAAGGAGAAGCUUGGCGAGGGCCAGUUUGGGGAGGUACACCUGUGUGAGGUAGAAAACCCUCAAGAUCUGGUCAGUCUUGAUAUCCCCCUUAAUGUGCGCAAGGGACACCCCUUGUUGGUAGCUGUCAAGAUCCUACGGCCAGAUGCCACCAAGAAUGCCAGGAAUGAUUUCCUGAAGGAAGUGAAGAUCAUGUCGAGGCUCAAGGAUCCCAACAUCAUCCGGCUGCUGGGCGUGUGUGUGCAGGACGACCCCCUCUGCAUGAUUACCGACUACAUGGAGAAUGGAGACUUGAACCAGUUCCUCAGUGCCCACCAGCUGGAGGACAAGGCGGCUGAGGGCGACCCUGGAAACAGGGAGGCUACCCAGGGGCCCACCAUUAGCUACCCGAUGUUGUUGCAUGUGGCAGCCCAGAUUGCCUCAGGCAUGCACUAUCUAGCCACACUCAACUUUGUGCAUCGGGACCUGGCCACACGGAACUGCCUGGUUGGGGAGAAUUUCACCAUCAAAAUCGCUGACUUUGGCAUGAGCCGGAACCUCUAUGCUGGGGACUAUUACCGUGUGCAGGGCCGGGCGGUGCUGCCCAUCCGGUGGAUGGCCUGGGAGUGCAUCCUCAUGGGGAAGUUCACCACUGCAAGUGAUGUGUGGGCCUUUGGGGUGACCUUAUGGGAGGUGCUGAUGCUCUGCAGGGCCCAGCCCUUUGGGCAGCUCACCGAUGAGCAAGUCAUCGAGAAUGCAGGGGAGUUCUUCCGGGACCAGGGCCGGCAGGUGUACCUGUCCAGGCCGCCUGCCUGCCCACAGGGCCUAUAUGAACUGAUGCUUCGGUGCUGGAGCCGGGAGUCCGAGCAGCGACCACCCUUUUCCCAAAUGCAUCGGUUCCUGGCAGAGGACGCGCUCAACACAGUGUGAAUCACAUCAGCUGCCCCUCCCUCCGGGAGUGAUCCAGGGGAAGCCAGUGACCCUGAACUGAGAGGAGCCAACGGCACCCCCACCUCACUCCUCUUCCGACUGCCUGUUGCCACUAAGAGAAGGCAGUGUGACCACAGGUGGGCUGGGCCUGCCAGGGAGAUGAUGCCCCCCUUCCCAGACACACUGUCACGUCUCUUUCCCAUUCCUCCUUCCUAGAAGCCCCCACCGCCCACCCAGCUGGCCCUGUGGAUGGGAUCCUCUUUGACCUCCUCUUGCCAUCCCUUGGGGAAGGGUGGUAUCAAAUAUAGGGGCAGACACUGGAUGUGGCCCAUUGGAACUGUUGGGCUGCACUGGACAACACUGGUUCCUGGAGAGGUGGCCAUGCCCCAAGCCUCUCUUCCUGUCACACACUGGACCCCCUGGCUGAGAAUUUGAGGGGUGGUGAGGAGGACAAGAUGGGAAAAGGGAAAAGAUGUUCCCUUGUGCUUACUCCUGGAACUGUCCUCAGCUUUGGCUUCUUCCUCCUCCAUCACCUGAAACACUGGACCUGGGGGUGAUCCCUGCCCCAACCCUCAGUCAUCCCAACUUCCCACCUGCCAUGUUGUAGCUAGAACUUCUCUAAGCCUGUCCAUUUCUGUGGAGUAAAUAUUGAGAUUAGGGGGAAAGAGGGAGCAAUGGCCUGUGGCCCAUGGGGUUGGACAUCUCUAUUGUAGUUGCCAUAUUGGUUUUUCUAUAAUCACUUGGGGUUUGUACAUUUUUGGGGGGAGAGACACAGAUUUUUACACUAAUAUAUGGACCUAGCUUGAGGCAAUUUUAAUCCCCUGCACUAGGCAGGUAAUAAUAAAGGUUGAGUUUUCCACA